AUGAGCAUCUUAUUCGGAUACGACUAUUUCGAUACAGCGGCAGAAGAUAUGAACACCUUAAAACAAAAAUUAACAGUAGUUGAAAAGGGACAACAGGGAAACACAGCAGAAAUAGUUGCACAUACGAACGAUAUCAAAAAACUAAAUAGUCUUGGAAAAAAUUCGGUACAAUACGACUUUACUCAAAUACCUGGACAUCCACCCGGGUUUUUACAAACUCCAAUUAUUUCCGACGGAGAGAGAAAAAAACGCAAAAUUCAUCAGGUUCAACAUCAGCGACGGAAAAAACACAGCAACACUCUCCUUCUUGUACGGGUUUUACGUGGGUAG